AUUAAGUCCAUCCAAAGAAGUCCAUGGAAAUGCAAGCCGACCUUUUGAAAAUAUUAAGCAUUCUUGAAUGCUUAUAGAUUCUUGCGAAUGAUGCUAAAUGCCAACCAUGUGGGCGAUGAGGAACAUCCAAAGACAUUGUUUGAAGACCAUUUCGCUUCUCCAAAACCAGAAUUUUCUAUUAAGAGGUGUUUCUUCACAUUGUUACGAAAGCAAUAUCAUUAAACCGAGGUCGGUGAAUGAAGUAAACUUCUCUUCCAUCUCCUCAUUAGGUUAUCUUCAUGGGUCCCGGUCGAUGUCAACAACGAGAGGGAGGAGUAUGCGGAGUAAGGUGGAGAAGCGGAUGAGGAGGGAAACAGGGAAGACCCUAAGGGAGAUCAGACGUGCAAAGAAGCUGAGAAAGAAACUGAUGACAGAUGAAGAGAGACUCAUAUACAGCCUUAGAAGAGCCAAGAAGAAAGUGGCUUUGCUCUUACAAAAACUCAAGAAGUAUGAGCUACCAGAGCUACCAGCUCCUCGGCAUGACCCUGAGCUGCUGACUUCAGAGCAGCUCCAGGCCUACAAGAAGAUUGGCUUCAGGAACCGAAAUUACGUGCCUGUUGGUGUCCGUGGAGUCUUCGGGGGUGUUGUCCAAAACAUGCAUCUCCAUUGGAAGUUCCAUGAGACGGUGCAAGUUUGUUGUGAUAACUUCCCAAAGGAAAAAAUCAGAGAGAUGGCGACCAUGCUUGCAAGAUUAAGUGGUGGUAUUGUGGUUAAUGUACACGACGUGAAAACAAUUAUCAUGUUCCGUGGCAGAAACUAUAGGCAGCCGAAGAAUCUGAUACCCAUCAACACCCUGACUAAAAGGAAGGCAUUAUUCAAGGCUAGAUUCGAGCAAGCUCUUGACUCCCAGAAACUAAACAUAAAAAAGCUAGAGCAGCAACUUCGGCGUAUGGGUGUAAAUCCUGAGGACCCUGUUGCCAUGGCCAGCAUCCAAAGAGUAGCAUCUACAUUUUUCCGAGCAAUCGACGAGAAGCAAGGGAGCCCGUAUGUCUUCCAUGGUGACAAACAGCCCAGUUCCGAACCUGACGCAGAUGACGACCCUGCCCCACCUUCUGAGGACAGUGACCAAGAGGAGCUUGACAGAUUCAUAGCCGAAAUUGAAGAUGCAGCUGAUCAGGAAUGGGCGGCUGAGGAAGCUGCAGAAAAAGAAGAGUCGAGUAAGAUAAGGUAUUGGAACAACGAAGACGUGGGGUCCAGAGGCAGAAGGCGUCCCAUGUCGGGAAGUGGGGAUUCAGAGGAUGAGACAAGAGGGAGAGAUUGGAAUAAUACACGCGAUUGGCAAAGGACAACAAAUGUACGUAGAUGGGAUAGUGGUGAUGAAAGUGAUGGGGCGUCGGGUGGAGAUGAAUGGGAUUCGGAUGAUGUGGGUAAGCUGGCUGGUCUGGACAGCGAUGUGGAUGGUUCAGAUAAUGAGUUGAUGGUAUCGAGGGCAGUGGACAGGAAACAGGAGGUCAGGGCUAGGCAUAGGGAAGCUUUUCAGAGAAGUGGUGGUGACAGGUUGAGAGGAAAGAGUGUUGGAGAGGAUGCUGGAUCUGAUAAUAUAUUAGAUGGUUCUGAUGAUGGGUUGUGGGGAUCGGAUGAUGAGGAUGAACGGGAUGUGAGAGUGUCUAAAGUGGGUGAUCAUGAUUACUACAGUGACAGUGACAGUGACAGUGGCAAAGAGAGUGAGGUGAAUGAGGUAAAGGACAUGAAUGGGAAAAGGAUGAAGACACCAAAGCAGGUUGAUGAGACUUGGGACAGUGAUUAGCCUAUGAUAACUGGAGGUAUGCAGUUCCUCUAAAAAUGUAUCUUAUCUAGGAGAGGUUAUAAGGUAUAUUCAAUUCUCAGCUGAAAUAUACAGUGAAGGUUGGGUUUUCAGUUUGUACAAGUGGGACCUUUUUAGUUGAAUUUUGACCAUUUCUGUACUUCCCAAUUUGGCGGUUUUUUGUUCCCUGAUCGGUCUAUGGUCGAACCUUUCAUAUCGACGGCUCGGGUCACCAAGCCAUGGAAACCACUUGUACCAACUCGAAAUUGGGAUGGUACUAUACAAAAUUUGACUAAUUCCUCUAAAGAUGGGGAUGUUUUGAUCAUUUAAAGAGUUGUAAAACUCGGAUUGUAUAAUUGCACUCUUUUUUGUCUUUUUCAAUGUUAUCAUUGACAAAUCCUUAAUUUAAGAUAGAUGUCCCUUUUUUCAUGGAAAUCCAUUACAUUGGAGAUGC